CCCGCCACCUAAAACCACCACAAAAGGCGGAAACCUAGAAUUAAGAAUAUGGUGCAAUUCCAGGAGCAUAUAAUCACAGAACUUCUAGAAGAUACCAAUGGCGGUUUAGUAGUAACCUCCUCUGGUCUCGGUCUGCAUAAGCUCAUCUCCUCCCUUUUCCUCCUCCACCACCACUCCCAAGGUUGCUUACUCAUCCUCUCCGCCACUCCGUCUCAAAAAGCCUCCAUCUUACGAAAUUACGAAAAUGUCACACAAUCUCAAAUCUCCGACGAAGUUCAAAAUUCACCGGCGGAGAUCACUUCCGACCUGCCGGCGAACCAGCGGCUGUCGCUGUAUUCUUCCGGUGGGAUUCUUUUCAUCACUUCACGGAUUCUCAUCGUUGACCUGUUGACUCGUCGUCUUCCGACGACUGCUGUCGCCGGACUUAUUGUACUCAAUGCUCAUUUGCUUUCGGAUACGUCUACGGAGGCCUUUAUUGUGCGUAUUUUGCGGUCAACGAAUCGUGAUCUCUAUGUUCGUGCAUUUUCGGACCGGCCUCAUUCCAUGGUUUCUGGAUUUGCUAAAGCUGAGAGAACACUUAAAUGCCUUUUCCUUAGAAAGCUUCAUCUUUGGCCUCGAUUCCAGGUUUAUGUAUCACAAGAUUUAGAGAGGAAUCCACCAGAGGUUGUAGAUAUAAGGGUACCAAUGUCAACAUAUAUGCUUGGGAUUCAAAAAGCAGUGAUUGAGGUGAUGGAUGCAUGUUUGAAGGAAAUGAGAAAGACUAAUAAGGUUGAUGUAGAAGACUUGACAGUGGAGAAUGGUUUGUUUAAGUCGUUCGAUGAGAUAGUGAGAAGGCAGCUAGAUCCCAUCUGGCAUACCUUAGGGAAGAGAACUAAGCAGCUUGUUUCAGAUUUGAAGACAUUAAGAAAGCUGUUGGAUUACCUUGUUAGGUAUGAUGCUGUAAAUUACUUGAAGUUCCUAGACUCACUUAGAGCAUCAGAGAGUUUCCGGUCCGUUUGGAUAUUUGCAGAGUCCAGUUACAAGAUCUUUGAGUAUGCGAAGAAGCGAGUUUAUCAUUUUGGGAGGUCAGACAGUGGAAAACUGGGGCAAAUUAAGACUGCAUCAACCAAAAAGAGAAAGCUUAAUGACAACAAGAAGGAUGAAGAUCAGUCAACUAACACAGAGAGCAGAGUUGUUUUGGAGGAAGUGUUGGAGGAGCCGCCAAAGUGGAAGGUCUUACUUGAUGUCCUAGUGGAGAUACAAGAGGAAAGAGAUAAACGAGCAUUGUCUGGAGAAGAGAAAGAUCAUCUAGAUGAAGGGGAUGAUAACGGGAUUGUUUUAGUUGCUUGCAAAGAUGAACAUUCAUGCAUGCAACUCGAAGAUUGCAUCACAAAUGGCCCGCAGAAGGUUAUGCGUGAAGAGUGGGAAAAGUAUCUGCUGAGCAAGGUACAGCUGCAGGCUUUACCAAAACGCAAUGCAAAGAAAGCUAAAGAGCUGAAAGGUUUCGGGGUACUUGAUGGAGUUGUCGCAACGGCUGGAAAGAAAGCAGAAGUUAGUAGCAUAAGCAAGCAGGAGCAUGAUGCACUGCUGGCAGCUGCAUCAGAAAUUAGCAAAAGAAUCAACAAGGAUACUAAUGCUGAAGCUGGUGAUCAGAAACAUGUAGAUGAUGGAGGUUUUGGUAAAGGAAAGGGUAAAGGAAAGAAAAAGAAAAGUUCUGCUGGUGAAAAAACCAACAAUGAUGUGGCAUCAACUGAUAAAGCAAUGGAAGGCGGCUUUUCAGAUGAAGUAUUUCAUCGAAAGCACGACCAAGGUCUGGAUGCUGAGUCUUCAAGAGAAACUAAGAAGCUCCCACCUGUGGUUUUCUAUGCCCUGGAGAGUGAUCAAAAAAUUCUUGAUAUUUUGAAGCCCUCUACCAUCAUUGCUUACCAUCCUGACAUUGCAUUUGUGAGAGAGGUUGAGAUCUACAAAGCUGAGAACCCUUUAAGAAAUGUUAAGGUGUACUUUCUUUUCUAUGAAGACUCUACUGAGGUGCAAAAGUUUGAGGCAAGUGUGCGUAGAGAAAAUGGAGCAUUUGAGUCCCUUAUAAGACAGAAAUCACUGAUGAUGAUUCCAGUAGAUCAGGACGGGCGUUGUCUGGGACUGGAUUCUUCCAAUGAGCCUCAGUCUGUUAUUUCCCAAAAUCUAAUAACCAGAAAAGCUGGUGGAAGAAGAGAAGCAGAAAAGGAAAUACAAGUCAUUGUGGACAUGAGGGAGUUCAUGAGUAGUCUUCCUAAUGUACUCCACCAGAAAGGUAUGCGCAUUAUACCAGUGACCUUGGAAGUCGGUGAUUACAUACUUUCACCAUUGAUAUGUGUAGAAAGGAAGAGUAUACAGGAUCUAUUUGGCAGUUUUGCAUCUGGCCGUCUUUACCACCAGGUGGAAAUGAUGUCACGUUAUUAUCGGAUUCCUGUUCUUCUUAUUGAGUUUUCACAGGACAAAAGCUUUUCGUUCCAGUCUGCUAGUGAAAUUGGUGAUGAUGUAACUCCAAAUAGCAUUAUCUCGAAGCUCUCCUUGCUUGUUCUCCACUUCCCUCGGCUUCGCAUUAUCUGGUCUCGCAGUCUGCAUGCAACAGCCGAAAUAUUUGCUUCUCUUAAGGCAAACCAAGAUGAACCUGAUGAGGUCAAGGCAAUUAGAGUGGGUGUCCCAUCAGAAGAGGGUGUCAUUGAAAAUGAUGUCAGAGCUGAAAAUUAUAACACAUCUGCAGUAGAGUUGUUGCGACGGCUGCCAGGCGUGACAGAUUCCAACUAUAGGGUAUUAAUGGAUGGGUGCAAAAGCUUGGCGGAACUUGCCAUGCUUCCAAUGGAGAGGUUAGCAGAAUUGAUGGGCGGUCAGAAGGCUGCCAAAAUGUUAAGGGAUUUCCUUGAUGCAAAAUACCCAACCUUGCUCUAGCUCCUAUUGGAUUUUUUUCAAUGCAAUUGUUCCAGGAUUAGGAAACCACCUAGCCAUACUGUUGUAUCAUCAUCGGCACGUCCCCAGUUCUUACCUGCUGGGAGAUGGGAAAAGAGUCUCAUGCCUUUUCCAUCAUGUAGUUCUUAGGUUACAUGAUAUUUAUUGCUUGUUCAUUUAUUUAUUAGAAUUUAGUUGUCAUUGCCAUUUGUGAGCUCAAUUAUGGAGCUUGUCUAUUGUAACUCGGUAAUUUAGAAGACUCUCUCUGGCAUGAUUCUUUCUGGAAGGAUGGGACAACAUGUAAUAUAUUUGAGAUGGUUGGCAAGGAAUUAAUAGGUGAAGCCAAAAUGUGUCUCA